AGCAUUCAAGUACUCGCACUCGCAUCGCGUCGACAUCGAAGCAGCUAUAAGAAGCAAAGAAUCGCCGACCGCGCUCGCAGUACGCACGGUCGUCUCGCACGCACGCACGCACGCACGCCCAGAGAGAAGAAGACAGAGACGCCGCCGCAAGGUAUCGACGGAUGGCGAGGGACAGCUGCUUGGCGCGGGUCGGAGCCGGCGUCGCGGUCGGCGGCGCAAUCGGCGGCGCCGUUGGUGCUGUUUAUGGGACAUAUGAGGCUAUCCGAUACAAGGAGGCCACUGUGAAGUUGUAUGGAUGCACAUUACAGAUGUAUGUUCCUGGACUGAUGAAGAUUAGGUAUGUGGGGCAAACUACACUUGGCAGUGCAGCCAUUUUUGGUCUUUUCUUGGGUGCUGGGAGCUUGAUACAUUGUGGGAAGUCAUACUAAUUGUUCCUGUUGUUUUGAGGGACCGAUGUAAUAAUAUUUUAAUCAUCUUGAGGCAGAUUUUUUUUUGGGAUCUCU